UGCUGUGCUUCAUCCCAUCGCACUCCUCCCACCCCCGGAAUAGUUCGCGAGGAUGUUGAGCCCGAUAAAACGAGCCGGUCUUACGGCGACAGCGUGUGUCGCCCUCGUCGCCGGCAGUCCGUGUCUUUCCUCAUGGUCGUCGAACACCUGCGGGCUCUUUUCCGAGUCCAUGGAUUAUCUGGACCGCAUAUAUGAUCCGAGUGCCGGUUAUGUCUUCGCGCCCAGUGCUGCGACGGCGUUGCGACACGACACUCGCGCGUCGGCGUGGUAUGCAGUUGGCCUGCUGGCUCGCAAUCAGGGUGACGAUGUAUCCCAGGCCAUGACGAUUAUUGAGAACAUCAUAUCCGCCCAGUACAAAGAUCCCGAAGACCAAUGGUUUGUAACGAGCUGGAAAUUCCCCAGGUGAUGCUGCUUAAUGCCAACGAUAUAACCAGGUACGGCGACUAUGAGAAAUACCCCGAAGAACCGACAGUAGGCAGCGCGGCGUACCCUCCGCUCAUCUACGACACCUGGGAUCCGAACUGGCGAGGGUUCAUCGGAACGGCAUUCAUCAUCGCUUUGGAGGAGUUUCCUCAUCUGAUCGGUAGCGACAUGACUCGUCUUAUGCACGCGUCUCUUUACAACAGUACGGUUGGGGAUAGCUACCGGGUCGGAGGCGUCGAUGGCGACAACCUCUACCCGUCGUAUACCAAUCCGGCAUUGAUGCGAGCCUUCAUCAGCGGCUGGACGGGCCAGAAACUAGGCGACGCCAACAUGACCCAAGCGGGCGAAGCCUACGCGAACGAAAUUAUUUCACUCUUUGACCGGGCCGACACGUUGUCCGAAUUCAACAGCGCCACAUACACCGGUGUGUCGCUGAUUGCACUCACGACGUGGGCCAAGUAUGCUGCUGAAGGCUCGGUAAUGAAGGAAAAGGGCAAGGAGAUGCUCCGAGCCACAUGGACCACGAUCGGACAGUUGUAUCAUGCGCAGUUGAAGAAUCUCGCCGGACCGUGGGAUCGAUCGUACGGAUUCGACAUGCAGAAAUAUUUCGGCAUCAUGUCUGCCCACAUCUGGACGUUGGUGGGCAAGGAGAGAUCUCCGGUGAUUGACAAGGUAUAUAUGAUGUCGCACAGCGCAGACUUUGCCACCUCCCCGCUCGUGGCCAUCUUGUCUGAUUUCCAUAACUCCCUUGUUCCUCCCCAAGCCAUUGAUGCCCUGAGGGUCUUCCCGGGUGAGCAUUCGGUGAACACGUCCGCCUACUCCAUACCCUACGACUCCUUCCCUCGGCGUGUCGAUGCGUGGCUGGGAGAGAAGAUUAGCAUCGGCUGCGAGAGCUUCAACGAGACCGUUGUUGGCGGGCCGGCGGAGAAUCCAUCUACUUUCAACCCGGCGGUUAUUCAGUGGGACACCGGUGCAGGGAUUGGCUGGAUAGCGCUGUAUGCAACCGAACAAGCGCUUGACGCUGUCGCUGGCCCCGGGUAUCUGAACCUCACGUAUCCCUAUGGAACAGAGUCCUCCCAAUUCCAGUUCCUGGUCUCUCCUUUCUCCCGGAAGAAAGACGUGACUGGCUGGGGAGAUCUCCCAGGGCUGAAAGUCACUGUGUCCGGGACUGUGGUGUCGGAACCACAAGUGUCGUAUAGUGCAAGUGAUGCUGCCAUCAAGUAUGUGUCCUGUGUGUUGAUUGUUUUAUCGUGAGCUAAUGCAACUAGUGAUUUCCUGUACUGGAAUUUGACCCAUACGAUGCCUCGUGAUAGCGCCGCAGCGCCGAACAUUAUGUUAGAGGUGGAAGUCGUAUGACAGGCAGAUUUGUUGACUUGUACGAGAAAGUGGGGUAGCUAGGGAGACCGGAAGCAUAGCUGUGUGCUCCCAUGCUGGAC